GUGGCGGUUGCUCCGACCGACGCAUUUCACAUUCGUCACGAUGGACGCCGACGCGACAACACCCGCCUCCGCCAUCGUCUUGCGCCUGCCCGGGCUUCUCUGCGCCAUCACAUCCUUCCAAGACGGCCUCCCAUCCGCGCUGCGUCCGAUGGACCACUAUUGGAAGACCGCCGUGCGCUUUAGCUACCACGAUGGUCGCAACUUUGCCUUUACGGUCGCGGGCACAACGUACGACAGCAGCGAGCUGCUCUUGGAGAAGAUCGACGUUCGUUUUCCAUGCCGCCUGGCGAUGCUUCAAGGUGACAACGAUGCCUGCCUCGCAUGGACCGCCAACUACAAGGCCGCGCUACUCGCCCUCGACGAGGCCUUUUCCACGACCGUGGCCUGCGCUGCUCGGCACAACCGCUUACGUGUCGUGCAAUGGCUCAUCAAGCACGGCUUCACAAUCUCGUCGCAAGCCUUUGUCAACGCCGCCAAGGUCGGCAACCUGGACGUUAUCGCGCUUCUCUGCGCCCACGCACCAGACGCCGUGCCACCGUUUGCAGUCGCGUGCGCCGCGUCGCGCGGCCACUUGCACGUCAUCGAGUACCUCCACGCCCAUUGCCCCCAAGCCUCUUGCGGCCCGGCCAUCUACGGCGCGAUCGUCGCACCAUCCCACAAUGUUGCAAUUCUGCACUUUCUCCACACUACCUUCCACGUCCGCCCGACCGAGAACGACAUUCUAGAGGCCGUCAACCGCAACGAUAUGAGCGUGCUCGCGGCUGUCCUCGACAUGUGCGGACCCGAAUUGGCGCUGCAUCAUGUUCAGCUGGCGCUGCGCCCGGCGACGUACCGGCAAUUCCCAACCGCAGUCGCCUACGUCGUCGAACGCUGCCGCGCACAGGGUCUGCCCGUGGCGUUGCCGCCGCACCAAGACGCACCCGCCCCAGACGACGUGGAGUGGGACUGCAUCGUCGAUGAUCUCUGCGACGUGCGCUACGAGUAUGCCAACGUCGUACCGCAAGCGAGCGCGCGGUUCGGGACGUCGCCGCCGGUCGACGGGUCGCGCCUCGACUUUGUGCGGUGGCUCCUCGACCACGACUGCGAGAUCUCGUCCAAGGCCAUGGACAUGGCAGCGUGGAGCGGCGCGAUGGACAUCGUCCGCUUCCUCCACGAAGAGCGCGACGAGGGCUGCUCGACGACGGCGCUCGACAUGGCUGCGACCAACGGCGACUUGGACAUGGUCACCUUCUUGCAUACGCACCGGACCGAAGGCUGCACAAAGGCAGCGAUGGACCGCGCGGCAGCAAAUGGCCACUUGGACGUUGUCCGGUUUUUGCACGACGAACGCAACGAAGGCUGCUCGACGCACGCGAUCGACUACGCGGUCUUUGGUGGCCAUCUCGAUGUUGUCGCGUUUUUGUCGACACACCGAAGCGAGGGCUUCACGGACGACGCAAUGAACUGGUGCUACUCCAACACAAUGCGCCAGUUGCUAAAUGCGAAUCUGCACCUGCGAAAGGAGAAACCUACCUUUGCAAUACCAAUCUUUGCGGGCCACAAUGACGACGACGACCAAGACAACGAUGGCAACUAGAGUCGCUUCAGAAUAAAUUAUUGUCGUAAUACAGCAAACCGAAGUGCAAG